GCAACAAAGCCAAUCAGACCCUCAAUCUGUCAUUUUAUUACAAGCAUAUCUGAUUUAAAAGUGUGGAAAGUCAAAGUAAAGCCGGGUGUAAAGUGACAUAUUGCUUAAACGUAUUACCCCCUUCGCCACACUGAAGACCCUGCGCCCGGUGACAUCAUUAAAACAUGUUCCUUCCGUCCGUCGCUGUGUGGAGCUGCUUCGGCCGAACGUGAACUGCUAGCAAACCAGGAGACAAAAGCAACAAAGUGAACCCCCCUCCGGAUCAAUCAAAUGUGUCAUAUUUAACUGUUUAGGAGCCGAAACCCAGUGAUCAAACCGUCACACCUCACAGUUGUGUGGAGAGGUGGAACCGCUUCAGUCAUAAAUGGAGAGAGACAAGCAGGAACCCUGUGUCCCAGACAGCCACACACUCAUUAGAACACCUGCUUGAGAGCUGUAGUAUCGAUGACUACAUCUGAAAACAUUGAUUACAUCUGACAAAGCAGACCUGACUAUUCUACAGAAACCUUUGGGCUGUUGCCAUGGAUGGGGAGGAAGAGGUCUCUCACAUGAGUGAAGAUAUGGUUAGUGAACCUCAUGGCUCCAUAGAAAGUAAAAAAAGGGAGGCAAAAGGGACUUGCUUGAAAAUUGAGGGCCAGGAUGGCUACGUGUUCAAAUCAUACAGCAUUACCCCUCAUGACACUGUGGAUGCAAAGUCACCUGCUUGCUCCUCAAUAACACUGGAUAAAGACUCUCCCCCUUCUUUUGAUUUAUCUUCUCAGGGCGACAAACAGUUGGAGUCAGACCAAGCAAGUGAGACUGAUCCAGCCUCUCCUGCUCCUUCAAACAAAUGCCUAAACAAUGACACUGAGGCGAAUAUGGAGAAUGAACAGUAUGAAAAUGGCAAUGAAGAAAGUCAACAUAUCAAAGAGGAGACUGGGGAUGCAAAUGGAAUGGAGGAGGAAACCCAGGAUGACGAAAGGCUAGCAUUUGGUAGCUCAAUUGGCCCUUUUGUAACUAGAGAUGGUGAUGAGUAUAGUAACUUGCUAAGUGGCUACACAAGCACCCUUUAUGAUGUUGCCAUGGAUGCUGUCACUCAGAGCCUUUUGUCAUCUAUGAGGAGUAACACCAACCCAAGGAAAAAAUCCCCUGCAUGGAAUCAUUUCUGCAUAUCUCCACGAGACAGUACCAAAGCAAUCUGUUUAUAUUGCAUGAAAGAGUUCAGUCGGGGUAAGAAUGAGAAAGACCUCAGUACAAGUUGUUUAAUGAGGCACGUGCGAAGGGCUCACCCCACUGUGCUUUUACAAGACGGAGCAGAUGCAUCCUCAAAUAAUCUGACUAGCUCUCCUGCCUCAUCUUUGAUACCUCCCUCCCCAAACUCACCAAAAAACGGAGACAUGACAAAUAGCGUUAUUUCUUCUGCCUCAAAGAACACUUCACCGUCCACCUCCUCAGCUGACAACUCUGACUUGUCAUCCAAAGAAGUGUUACCCAAAGUCGAACCAAAACUAGAACCGUAUGCUGACACUGUUUGCAGCGUUCUCUCAUCCUCACAUUCCAUUGAAAACAACCAUGAAGACAUGUCAGACGGAGGGCCCGAGCGCCUUCCUGGGACCCCUAAAAGCUCGAGUUCCCGUCGGAGAUCAGCUGUAUGGAAACACUUCUACCUGUCGCCUGCUGACAAUUCCAAAGCAGUAUGUAUCCACUGCAUGAAUGAAUUCAGUAGAGGUAAAAAUGGGAAGGAUCUAGGGACAAGCUGUCUUAUUCGUCAUAUGUGGAGGGCCCACAAAGAGGUUGUCAUUGAGGAAAAUGGGCAGGGCAAUCACAUUCCCCCUCCCUAUACAAACCCGCCCUCACUAUUGUCCCGCACACAACUACAGGAACCACUGGAAGUAAAAAAAGAAUCACCCCUUCUGCCAUCCUCACCAGAAACCAUAUCAGAAGAAUUACCCCAAAGCAUGGAGGACAGCAUGGAUAUAAAAGAGGAAUCUGAUGAGGUGAUGCAUCUCUCAGGGCAGGAGUCCUCUCUCAAUCUCUCCUUCAAAACUCAGGGGGAGGAUACACCCCUAACUUCCUCACCAUGCGAUGUCUCAGAGGGCCCCAGCCUCAAUCAGGAUCAUUCAGUUUUCCAGCAAAACAAGAUGAUCAUGAAACGGGUGAAAUCUGAAGUGUGGCACCAUUUCAUAGUGUCGCCAGUUGACCAGUUAAAAGCACUGUGCCGUUACUGUCCAUGUGUCAUCAGUCGGGGGAAACGGGGCGACUUUGGUACAAGCUGCCUGAUGAGGCACCUCAUGAGACGCCACCCAGACGUCCUCAAAAACCAAAAAAGCACAGAUGAGAAGGAAUCUUCCCCUCAUCCCUACACCAGUCUCGCUGCAACGGACACAGUUUCAACCAAAGAAACUGAGAGCCCUGCCAGUGAGAAAAAGCCGCAAACCCUGCCUGUUUUCAGCAAAAAGACGUCAAAACUGUGGAACCAUUUCUCCAUUUCACCUACUGACCCCACAAAAGUGAUUUGUUUGCACUGUAGCCGCACAAUUAGCAGAGGCAAAAAGACUACAAACCUUGGCACAAGCUGCCUCUUCAGGCACAUGCAGAGGUUUCAUGGACAUGUUCUUGAAAGUAACAAAGCUAUCUCAGGUGAUGUGCCGUCUGCUGAAAUUCACGUGAAACAAGAGCUCAUGGACACUUCUGUUUACGAAACGGAACAGAGCCGUGAGAGGUUUGAUGAACACCACCCGGUUGCCAAAAAAAUCACCAAACUUAUCGCAGAAAUGCUCGCACUGGAUCUUCAGCCAUCAGCCAUGGUGGAGAAUGCUGGACUGAACAGACUACUAGAGUACCUCCAGCCUCAGUAUUCUUUACCAACUUCUUCUUACUUUACCAGCACUGCCAUACCAGAUAUGUACGAAAGGGUGAAGGAUGUUGUGCUGACCCACCUGAAAGAGGCUGAAGGUGGUGUUGUCCACUUCACAACUAGUAUUUGGGUUAGUAGCCAGACAAGGGAAUACCUAACCCUUACUGCCCACUGGGCAUCGUACGAGUCAAGUGUCCGACCCCAGGGUCAGGACUUUCACUGCUCCGCUCUCCUAAGUGUCUCACAAAUAGACUGUGAUCAAGAUAUGCAUGACAUCCCAAAGCAGCUCGAGUAUCUGUGGGAUUCCUGGAUCACCUCAUCAGGGCUGAAAAUGGGGUUCACUGUAACCGAUAACAACACCAUCAGAAACACCUUGGAAGACCAUGGCCAUGUCACCAUGCAGUGUUUUGGACACACUAUAGACCUCAUUGUUAGCGAAGCCAUAAAGAGCCAGAGAAUGGUUCAGAACCUUCUGAGUAUUGCACGAAAGAUCUGUGAACGUGUACACCGCUCAGCAAAGGCCAAGGAGAAGCUGGCCGAGCUCCAGAGGGCCCAUCAGCUGCCAGAGAACCAACUGAUUCAGGAUGUUCCUUCCAAAUGGAGGACCUCCUUUUUCAUGCUGGAGCGGCUGGUGGAACAGAAGACAGCCAUUGACGAGAUGUCGAUCGAGUGCAAUUUCAGGGAAAUGAUCAGCUGUGAUCAGUGGGAGGUGAUGCUGUCGGUCUGCAAUGCACUGAAACCUUUCGAAGUCGCCUAUAGGGAGAUGAGCAACCGCACUGCCACUCUGGGACAAGUGAUACCGCUCAUUCACAUCCUCAAUAGAAAGAUAGACCUGCUGUUUGAUGAAACUGUGGGCAUAGACAACAUGCUCAAAUCUCUAAAGGAAGCCAUGGUGAGCAGAAUGUCCGCAACUCUGCACGACCCACGAUACACCUGGGCGACCAUGCUGGACCCCCGAUACAAGACUUCGUUGUUCACAGAGGAAGAAGCUGAGCAAUGCAAACAAGAACUAAUCCGGGAGCUGGACUCUUCUACCUCAGCGGCAGUUAAGCCUCCGCUAGCCAACGGCUGCAGCGAGGCCCCCGUUUCAUCCAACACCUCCCACUCAAACAAGGACAACCUCUGGUCCCUAAUGGCUGAUAUCCGACAAAAGAUAAAACACGAGGAGAAGCCAAAGUCCUCAGAGCUGGCAGUGCUGGAGUACCUUGAGGAAGACAUACUCGAUCAAAGCUGUGACCCCCUCGACUAUUGGAACCUUAAAAAGUUCCUGUGGCCCGAUCUUGCCAAAGUAGCUGCCCGUUACGUGGGCUGCCCUCCCAGCAUCGUCCCAGCAGAGACACUGUUCAGCACAGCUAGUGUCAACUGUGCCCUAAAUCAGCCCAGGCCUUUAUUGGAAAACAUGGAGGGUCUGCUGUUCCUCAAGGUCAACCUCCCUUUGAUUUAUUUUCAGUACUGAUUAUUGAUGAGCAUUAACUUGUAAACCCUUUAUCAAGGACCAAGUUGCAUAGCUGUGAAAUGGGAGGUUUUCUGUUGGGCAAAAUGUAAAAUAUCAAUUCAUAUUCUGAUUGAUUCUCAAUGCAAAGGCCAGAUUUGGAGGUUUUAUCGUAUUCUGUGUACUACUGUUAAACACUUUGGAGCUGUUGUGACGAGUCUCAGUCAAAAGUGUAUCAGGGAGGGAGGGUUUUUCUAGCUGUAGGGGUUGGUGAUAACGUGUUUGCUUGUAAAUCAAUGUUUUUGUUUUGUGUCUACUCUCUCCUUGUGCCUUAUCCAAAACUACUUCAGGUCAAAAUGCUGUAAAUAUUUUUGUUAAAUUGCGCAGAUCAUGUCCGGAUGCUUUUUGAUUAUUAUGUAUUAAAGAUAGAUGCAGAGUUGUUUUCUGAAUCAAAACAUGGCCCAAAAAUAAAUGCUGUGACUGAAAGAUGUUUUAAGUUAUUUAAUUGUCAUUGUGAAUUUGUGGUUCAUGGUACUGUCAUUUAGAAAUAGGCCUUUUUUUUUGUUUUUUUAACUUACUGAAAUGUUUUUAAUAAGAUCAUGUAUAAUAUUGCUGUAUUUUCAAUAUAAGCAGUUUGUUUGGAAUAUACAAUUUGUCUCUUAAGCACAAUUUAAGUUUAUGUCCAGGGGUUUAAAUUAUGGGUUUAAGUAAAACAAUGUACUGUACAUUUUUAUAUUAAAUGACUUCUGAACCUAAUUUGAUAAAUGUUUUAGCAAUGAGACUGGAACCAUGCAAAUUUUGCGGUCAUUUGUAAAUAAAGGUUUUCCUUAUGCAA